UGGAUGCCGUGCCAGCAGGGGGCGACAUAUCAACUUCAUGCAUCCUAUCUUCGCCGGGCGGGAUUUCCGCAAUAAUAUCAAGUAUGGCGAAAACAUACGACUAUUUGUUUAAAUUACUUCUCAUCGGGGACUCUGGUGUCGGGAAGACCUGUGUGCUCUUCAGGUUUUCAGAGGACGCCUUCAACUCAACGUUUAUCUCAACAAUAGGUAUUGAUUUCAAGAUUAGGACAAUAGAGCUUGAUGGCAAGAAGAUAAAGUUACAGAUAUGGGAUACAGCAGGCCAGGAGCGUUUCAGAACAAUCACAACAGCCUACUACAGAGGAGCAAUGGGCAUCAUGCUUGUCUAUGACAUCACGAAUGAGAAAUCUUUUGAUAAUAUCAAGAACUGGAUACGGAACAUAGAGGAACAUGCGUCAUCUGAUGUUGAGAAGAUGGUCCUUGGCAAUAAAUGUGACAUCAACGACAAGAGGCAGGUGUCCAAAGACAGGGGAGAAAAGCUCGCACUAGAGUAUGGGAUCAAGUUCAUGGAGACCAGUGCAAAGGCCAACAUCAAUGUGGAAAAUGCAUUUUUGACUCUUGCCAGAGACAUCAAAUCAAAGAUGGACACAAAAAUGGAAGGCAACGCUCCUCAGGGUGCCGGUCACGGAGUCAAGAUCUCGGAGCCACAGAAAAAGAGCAGUUUCUUCCGCUGCAGCUUGCUCUGAGAGCCAAAGCUAUUCAUGCUGGCAACAAGCUGGCUGGACACAACUUGACUGUCUUUGCUCUCAGCACUUCCUCCUCUUUUUCCUUAUUCUUCCCAAACAUUGCCUCUCCUGCUCUGCAAAAACCACUGUUGUCAGUAGUGGGAGGACUUCCCCUCCUCUCUUCCUUUCCUGAAGGCUUCCAGAGGUUCGUCGCUUCCAUUUUUAGAGGAUAACUUGUCUUCAUUCUCCACAGCUUUUAACCAACAGAGGUCUCAAACCUGAACACGAUCCACGUUCUCUGUUACAAAAUAUGGGUUUUUUUCAUUUCUCCCAGCCAGUAGCAGAACCAAUGACAGAUGACGCGUACAUCAUUACAAUAUUUUUGAAUUGGAAACUAUAAAAUGUGUUUUGAUCCAUUUUUGACAUCACUAUUUGCUUAUUUGCUUCGUGUUGCUGAACAGAGACUGAUGUCCCAACCUUCAGUGAAACACCAGUUGCACUUUUUUCAUAUCAGCAGCUGAAGUCAUAUCACGGUGCAUAAAGUCCAUUUAAAAUCAGUUGGAAGGUUCUUUUCUUUUGUUCUCUUUCAUUUUGUUUCUUGUUCUUGACAAUCAUCUGAUGUGACUGAAAAUUAGGCUUUUCUUAAGCCCUGAUCACUGCCGCCAAAAUCUUUUUGCACUAGCCUCCAAGUGUCUGCAAAACACAGUCUGGGUUUUUAUCAGUCCUGCUGUCCAAAGUUUAACUGAAAAUAAGAGGUGGCAGAUUUCUGUAAAGGAUUCCUGAAGUAGUAACCCGUAUAGAGAGAAGACUCUUAAUCUAAACUAGUGUCUGGUUUUCUUUUAAGGUCUAACCUGUUAAAGAUAUACAAAAAAAAAUCAGAUCAGACUUUUAGGUAUUUGAUCUCCCAUUUAAAGAACAUAUUGGUUGGUCUCUUAAUAAUAAUCUUCAGACCAAUCUGUAUCUUAACUUUUUUGAGACUGUUUCAUGUUGUAGAAAUGAUAUUGUUCUUCAUAUUGUUAGCAACUUUAGCUUCCAUUCAUCCCAGGGGGGAAAUUUAAAGAAAAAGAAACAUCAGUUAAAUAGCUUAAAAAGGUCUAAAUGGAUGCAAUUUACUUAAGACUGGAUUAUGCAGUGUUGUAUAAUGUUGCUUUUUAGCGGGAAACAAAAAAAAAAACAUUCAGUCCUUCAGAUUGGGUUGCAUUAUCAUUUAAAAAGGCUAAUCCCAAAAAAAAAAAAAAUAAAUUUUCACACUUUUUAUUUACCCCAAGAAGUGAUCUCUCAUAUUAUUUAGGUUAUGAAGGAAACGUUAUAAAUGAAAGUGGACAUCUUCUGUUUUUUUCCUCUCCAAACGUCACCUGUAUUAAAAAUCUUAAUAGCUGGUUAAAGGUGAGCGUGAAGUUCGUCACCAUUGGACAGAUUACUGUGUAUAAAUAAAUAUUUACAAUUUUAGAAAAAAAGACUAUUUUAUAAAACAAAAGUACAGAAAUAGAAUAUUUAUUCAAUAUGUUAUCUCUGGUGGUGGAAAAAUAGAUAUCACUGCAUCUUUUACUUCAUUUUGGUGUGGAGAUAUAUUCUGUGUUGCUUCCUUUGUAUGAAAAUCCAGCUUCAGCAGCAGAGUUCCUAACAGUUUGUUCAAAGCACAAAAGCCUGUAUGACUUUUGUUUCUUUGCUAACUUUUAGCAUCAUAGCACAUGUGUAUUUGCAUUAGUUUUUCAAUAACAAGGUCUUUAGAAGAGAAACAGCUUAACUGUGGACACCAGGUCCUUUCCAAUAUAUGCUUGUGCCUGAAAGUUUAUGUACCCAAACAUUAAAGGCAGAAAACAAAUAUUUUAUGAAAUUAUCAUUUAUUUAUCUCUAGUUUCAGUUUUGGGUUAUUUGACUAACUAGUGUGAAUUUAUCAGUUUCUUUCGUGGGAGGGUGUGUAAACUUUCAAGCAAAAAUAUAUGUGUUUGAUCCAGUUUAAAGUAUUUUAGUCUUAGGAAGUUUUGGAUCAUCAUGGAAGAGUGAAUCAGCUUCUAACAAGUCAGCUGGUUUUUCAUAAUCUCUUGGUUUAUCAGUUUUUCCUCUCAAUCAUCUCUUCCAUGUUUUAGACCUAACAUCAGUGAUAGCUGCUAAGAUUCACGGUGAGCUACACUGGAUGCAGAAGUACUAAAAAAGUUGAGGUAGCCUCCAACGGCCCGUUUCAGUGGAUUGAUUGUUGCUCAAUCUUAAUCCCAUCAGACCAAAGCACACCGCUCCAUUUAAAAGUCUCAUUAGAUGGCGAUGUUGGUACAGAUUCUGCUUAUUUAGACAUGCCUUUCCAAUACAACCGAUUGGCCUUAACAUGGUUUGUUAGGGAGACGGUGCUCAAAUUAAAUGGUUGAAUCACCUCUAAACUCUGCUGAGAUGAUCUUCCUGCAUUAGUUUAGUUUAUUUCUUGCAGCUUUCUUUCCUUGGGGUGUCCACAAACGAGGCACUGGAGGCUCUUCUAACAAUCAAAUGAUGUCUCUGAUUAUUAGAUGUCAUUAAGGUCACCAUGUUUCCCAUCAAGCUCUUCCAGCACUUUAUUAUUAAAUAGUGUUGUACGUGUAGUCCGUGCCAAGUGAUAGCGUCACCAUAUAACAGCACAGUGUUGACCUGUUGAGUAUUUGCAUUAUAAAGGAAAUGUAUUACCCCAACAUUCACAGCACCAAGUCAUCCAGUAUCGGCAUACUGUAAACUUUCACUUUGUUUCCUUGUAUAUUUUCUCAAAUGUUUUUCCAGUAUGUAGGUAAAGAAAAGAUGUUUAAAGCUAAAACCUGACAAUUCCUUUCAUAAAAGUAAUGUUUGCGCUCUGCUAACAUCAAAGCAGGUCAGAAUGAAGAUGGUUUCUGGUGUUUUCUCUUUAGUUGUAGCCUUCAUGUUCGAUGGCUAGGUGGCACUAUAGGAACAGAGGGCCUCUUGGCUUUACCACGUAAACAGAAAUUGGAGCAAGAGUUUAAUUUAACUUGCAGGAAAAAAAAAAGGCCAGUUAAGUGAUUGUGUUAUUCUCAAUAUUUUCCUUUGAAUCUUAUUACCUCAUGUUUGCUUUCCGAUGCAAGUUUCUUUUCUGGAAACUACAUCCACAAUAUUUUUAAAGGCAUUUUUAUGGUUUGGUUGCAUCUUUUUUUUUUUUUUUUUUUUUUUCUCCAAGGAUCAAAAAGAUUUGGGACCUCGUGAUUAUAAGGACCAUUUGUUUUAACUGUCAGUUCUCACAGCUGAGCUAUGCAUUGUAAAUCUUGGACCUUUGCUUACUUGUACACCUCUACUAUUGAAUUCAUGGGCUUUGUUACAUUUAAAGGUUGAUGAUUUCAACCUUUAACCAGAUAACCAGAUUUUAAAGCCUUUUUUAAUUAUUUUUUUUUAACAUUGCUGUUCUAUUGCUUGAGUAAUAUGAAAGCAAAGCCAUAGAGAGCAGAUGUUAGGGUCACAAUCUGUUUUUGUUUUUUUGGACUAAUGCUUUUUUUUUUUUUUAAACCUUUUCUUAAAAUAAGAUCCCAUGUUGUAAUAAAGCAAACAUAUUGUAAGUGGUUACGUUUUCAUUCUGUAUGUUGGGACAUUCACAGGGAGAAAAACAUAAAUAUCAUUGAAAAUUAAAAAAAUCUAUAUAAACUGUACUGUACUUUCUAAACCCAUAAGAGAUGUAUCUACACUGAACUGUAGAUAUGUGUACUUUUGAUUUAAUAAAAAAAGGAGUGAAAA